AGAGAGAUCUCGCACCGAGCUACUAACUCCCGUCCCGGCGCCGAUUCUGGGGUCUCUGCCGCUCUCGAUCUCUCCGGCCUCGCCGGAAGCCGUCGCCCCCUGCACACCCCGCCCGCCCGGCGCCACCCCGCCCACCGACCUCCUGCCAGCCGGCGCCCGCCGCCCACCGCUCGCCGGGUGACCCGCGAUGAGCAAGCCAGGCGGCAGCGCUGGCGGCGCCAUGGCGGGCCCGACGGCGGCGGCCGCGGCCGCCGCGGCGCAGAAGCAACGAGCGCUCCUCCAGAAGGCCGACGCCGACGUCGGCAGCCUCGUCGACAACUUCUCCGCCCUCAUCAACAUCGCCCGCGUCAACGACCCUCCCGUGCGCAACUCGCAGGAGGCAUUCCAGAUGGACAUGCGCGCCUCCCGCAUGGUGCAUUCAGCGGACUCUCUGUUGAAACUAGUGUCGGAACUUAAGAGGACAGCUAUCUUUUCUGGGCUUGCUUCUUUGAGUGAGAAUGUUGAUAGGAGGAUUGAAGUGCUCAGUCAACAGGCAGAGGAGACAGAGAGAAUGCUGGAGAGGAUUGGGCAGGAAGCAGCAGCAAGCCUUAAGGAGUUGGAGGCACAUUACUACUCGUCCGUUGUGCGGACUCCGCUCUAUGAUUGAGGAUUUCUCUGGCUUCCAGCUGGUAGCAGAGUGGUGCUGAAGGAGCUGCCCAAGGACAUGGCUGUUGUAACUUGUGAAAAAAUCACCUUAAAUUAUCUAGUUAUUUCCAACAAUGUUGUAUUAGGCAUUCAGAUAGCGUUGUAGUUCCUCCCUCUUGUCCUAAUUUCUAGUUCUACUCGGUUCUUCUUUUUCCGACCUCGCGUGCUACUCCAUUUUCUGCGAGUACCAUCUGUAGCCCAAACCUGUCAGUUUAGGCCCCCCGAAAGAUUGUCCAAACCUGUCAGUCUAGGCCCCCAAAAGAUUAUGCUGUUUCCCUUUUUAGUUUAGUUCAUAUUCGUAUCUUGUUACAUCUCCAUACUUCAUGGUUCUUGAAUGAAUUUCUUCUGUAGGAAA